CUAACGGAAUACGCCGGAGAAGAAGACAGAUUUCUGGGGCUAACCUCAAAUCCGUCAUCAUCACCACCAGAAGAGCUGACCCAGUGGAGGAGGAGGAAGAAGACGACGACAAAAAAUGGCGUUCACGUUCGCGGCCUUUUGUUACAUGCUGGCGUUACUGCUCACGGCGGCGCUCAUCUUCUUCGCCAUCUGGCAUAUAAUUGCGUUUGACGAGCUGAAGACGGACUACAAGAAUCCCAUAGAUCAGUGUAACACCUUAAAUCCGCUGGUGCUCCCGGAGUAUCUCAUCCAUUUCUUCUUCUGCGUCAUGUUCUUCUGUGCGGCCGAGUGGCUCACGCUCUGCCUCAACCUGCCCCUGCUGGCCUAUCAUGUCUGGAGGUACACAAGCAGACCCGUGAUGAGCGGUCCGGGGCUCUACGACCCGACGACCAUCAUGAACGCCGACAUCCUGGGCUUCUGUCAGAAGGAAGGCUGGUGCAAGCUCGCCUUCUACCUCCUGUCCUUCUUCUACUAUCUCUACGGCAUGAUCUACGUCCUGGUUAGCUCCUAAAGGCCAAGCAGGUGCCGAGAGACAUGUGGACACUCGGAUGUCAGUGCUGGACACGGCAGCGACCGCAGACCAUCGCCCAUCGGCAACACUACUAAGACGCCAUCUUGAAUCUGUGGGCCGCAGCGUCAGCUCACAGCACCGCCGCCGUCCAACAUUUUAUGGACAGAACCCUGCAUAGGACUAUUGAACCCCCUCCCCCGUUCCCCUUUUCUUCUUGUCAUGGAGCCAAUGAUGGUGUUAAUGGUGGGGUUGUGCUACAACGACAAGAGUGUUUACUAGCUAGCUAGACAUUUCCUAGUUGGUUCCGUCAACUCCACUAUAAGACACUCGCACAGGGACCGCUUGUACACCGUCGCAUCACUCGAACACAUCACCUGUCUUAUAGAAGCUGCGUGUAAAACUCAUGACCAAUUGAAAAAGUACACUCAACAAUAAAAAGUGACACAUUCAUACUUCCUGUAUGGACUGCACCACUGUUUUUGUUGAAUGCACUUUUAUUGUUUAUUGUCCAUCGCCAACUUAGAACUCCAGUGUUACGUUUUUUAUUUUUGCGUGUCAUAUUUGUAUCUUCUUGCAGCACUCCUCACUAUUUCAAUGUCUUGUUCAGACACUUAAGGCCAUCAGACAGGAACGAAAAGUGUUCAAAUGUGUACAUUUUUGUGUGCAGGGUGAACACUCUUCAUCUAUCACAUCCCAAAAUGUCACCUCGAAAAACAUUUUGACGAGUUUGACAAAAUAAAACCAUCCAACUCUG